CCUGGGGGUCCUUUUGUGCCAAAUGAAGCAGCAAGCGCCGCCACGCUGCCGCUCUACACCGUCGCCGCUCUGCCGAUCUACUCCGCCGCCGCGCUGUGCCGCUUUGCUCCGCCGCCGCCACUCUACUCCGCCACAACGCUGCCGCUCUACUUCGCCGCCGCCGCCGUGCCGCUCUUAUCUGCCGCCGCCGCUGUGCCGCUUUGCUCCACCGCCGCUGUGCCACUUUCGCCGGCGCUGAUUUGCGGAGAUGAGAGGAAACCCUAACCCUAGGGGGGCUAUGCAGCGAAGGUAUGCAGCUGGAAGCGAGGAUUUCGGGAUGUCGCAAGGUAGCUCCUUUCCUGCUCGGCUACCCGUAGGAUCUAGCGGCCUUCCUCUCAUUCGUUGCCCUAGGUGUGGCGCUGCAGUAGUAGAGUGCAGAUCGAUGAGGCAUGGUGGAAAGGUUUUCUUCAAAUGCGAGGAAAACGAACAAGAUGUGCCAAAUUGUUGCAAGUUUUUCAAGUGGAUCGAAAGUUAUAGGAAGAUGGUUGAAGGAAUGAGUGAGCAUGUUGUUGAUGAAGGUCCAAGUGAUGUUGCAGUGGUUGAUGGUUCUAUAGAGAUGAAGUGGAGUUCAGUUGAUGAUGGAAAGAUUGAUAAGCUGAUAAAUUUGAUUGAAGUAUUGGUGAGCGCGAGAUUGGGACUGCGACGGCGGCGACGGCGGCGGCGGCGGCGGGUGGAAUGGCGAUGGCAGCGCCGCCGUGAGCUACAGCUGGGUGAGGGCGAGAGGUGACUGCGGCGGCGGGUGGAAUGGCGAUGCCGACGAGAUCGAUCUAGGGCGCCGCCGUGAGCAAGAGCCAACGCAUCUCGAUCCCCUUUCUCUCACUGACCUAAAGAAUGACCCAAGGGCACAUUGGUCACAACACUCCUGAUUUUGUGUGUUAAUCCGGUGAAAUUGGAAAAACGGCGAAGCAGCGUGUUGCGCGAGCGUGGGAAUGGCAUUUUAGCGAAGCAAGUUGGCGGAAUGGCAUUACAGCGAAACCCAUCCUUGAAAGUGGCUAAAUGUCAAUUUUCUCCGCACCGAUAACGUUACUCCAUAUUAGUUUUCUUUCAUGGUAUCAGAGCCUAUUGGCAUAGAUUGUCAUGGCUUCCUCUUCAUCCUCCACCUCCACCGGCAACCCUCUCUUCGGCGUCCAUGUUUCUGAAAAGCUCACCAAACAAAAUCAUGCCAUUUGGACGGCACAGAUCCUGGCGGCCGUUCGCGGGGCAUGACUGGAGGGCUACCUCACCGGCAAAACCAUGGCGCCGGCAGCUCAGAUCGAGCGGAAGGAAGGCGAAAAGGGGGAGAAGACAGUAAUGGUGGAUAAUCCGGCCUUCGAGGAGUGGUUUGCAGCUGAUCAGCAGGUGCUUGGCUUCCUCCUCUCCUCCCUGUCACGUGAUAUACUCAACCAAGUGGCAGGAGCAAGGUCUGCGGCGCUGGCAUGGAAGGCGAUCGGUGAUAUGUUCGGAUCGCAGACCCGUGCUCGCACAUUGAAUGUGCGGCUGGCGCUCCAAACUACAAGUAAAGGUACAAUGACAAUCUCUGAAUAUUUUGGGAAGAUGAAGGCUUAUAGUGAUGAGAUUGCAUCUACCGGGAAACCUCUAGAUGAGGAAGAUAUGAUUGCAUAUAUUGUAAAUGGCCUAGAUGGCGAUUAUGAUUCCUUUGUUUCUGCUCUUGGGAUGAGGGUUGAACCCAUCUCCAUGACAGAAUUAUAUGCACAACUACUUAAUUUUGAGAACAUGCUGCACUUGAGGCAACAAGGAUCGGCAAAUGCAGCACUUCGUGGCAGUGGAGGCCGCAGCAACUUUGCUCCCCGUGGUGGCAGUACCAGCGCUGCUGGCGGGAGCAACUCAGGACGUGGUCGCGGUGAUGGUGGUAGCCGUGGCCGCGGCAACAUGCGAGCAAAUCGAGGGCGAGGUGGCAACCAGCAGCAGUGUGUUGAUACCCGUCCCGUGUGUCAGGUAUGCUACAAAAGAGGCCAUGUUGCUGCUGAAUGCUGGCACAGGUUUGAUGCAAAUUAUGUGCCGGAUGAGAGGCAUGUGGCGGCUGCUGCGUAUGCCUACGGUGUUGAUACCAAUUGGUAUAUACACACUGGGGCAACUGACCAUCUCACAAGUGAGUUGGACAAGCUGACGACUAAGGAGAAAUACAAGGGAACUUCCACACUGCAAAUGGUGCAGGUAUGAAAAUUGAGCAUAUUGGUCAUUCCUUGAUUCAUAUCCCUGAUCGUACAUUGCAAAUAUUCGCAUACCAUAAAUUUAUUCACUUCAUCAAUAUACUUCAUAAAUUUAUAUUUUCUUGAUACCAAAGGGCAAAUUGGACUUUGUGAUAGAAACUUAAUGGUCAACUAAAGGUCAACUAAUGAAAGGGGUAUAGAAGAGAUCCAAACUAAAAUUUAGGGGUAUGGAAGGAAAUAAGUAAAUCUCAGGAGCAUGGGAGGGAUUGGGUGAAGUUUCAGAGGUAUUUUCUUUAAAUUAUGAUGCGAGGGCCCCUCCAUUCAUAUACGUGCAACCUUUUUUUUCAGAAAAGAAGGAAUAUUAUUAAUAUUGCUUAAUUAAUGAAACAUCAUAACAGUAUUGUUCCUAGAAAAAAAGAGCAAGCAAAAGCAGAGAAAUUAUUCAGCGCACGUACGUAAAGGUUGAAUAUUUACUGUUUCUGAUAUGAUGCCUGGUCGGUUAGCAUAUACUCUUACAUAUGACAGGGGCAUACAAAUCAGCAUAUUAAUGCACACUAAUGCUGCACAUGUGAGGCUAAAUAUAUAUGGCCGACACGAAGUGCCAGCGUGUGACACACGGUUCCUUUCGCCAGCAAAAGGAAGAAUUCAAGCAGAAGAAAAUAAUAAUAUUAGAGUAAUAUUACACUCGGUUUCUCUAAGAGAAAAUCCCCUAUGUAUCCUUGAAAGUUCACCUAAUUCCUUCUGUAUUUCUAAAUUUUGCUCAAUCCCUUACAUACCCUUGAAUUUUAGUUUGGAUCCAAUCUAUGUCCUUUCCGCUAGUUGACCGUUAGUUGACCGUUAAAUUCUUAUGAACAAGUCCAUUUUGUCCUUUGGUAUAAAGAAGCAUAUAAAUUAAUAGAGUAUAUUGUUGGAGCAUAGAAAUUUGUUAUAUGAGACUAUUAUGUUUAUGAGAUAGUUUUGCACCAUAUUAUU